AUGUGGCCGUUUGGUGGAAGCCCGGACAAGCCUACGGGCACCCCAACAACCUCCCAGCCCCAGGCUGGGCAAAAUGCGCCAAACGGUUCAAAAAGCGCCGCUUCGGGGGUCGAUCCCAAGGCGCUACCAGACCGUGAAAAGUUGCCGCCGAAACUUCAAAAAAUUAUGGACAAGACAGACAAGGACGAAAACUUCUUUGAUGAGCUCGUUGAGGGCUAUGCUCCCCCUUCCACCGACUCCAACCUUCGUUACGCCGCCUAUGCUGCCCGCGCUCGCACCAUCCUUCUUUCCGCCCACCGCUAUGUUGCCUACACCUCGGAUAUUGGAGAAUCUUUCCGCCCAGUGGCUCACCCAUGGCUCGUCCGCGGCGCUUACGGCGUCUCAUGGGCAUACAUUCUUGGGGACGUCAGCUAUGAAGGCUACAAGGCGUACCUGCACAACCAGCGCGUCUUAAACCCGCAGUUGGAGUUAACGGCCCGCCAGCAGCAGAUACUGGGUGUGUCGGAUGUGGGAGGCGAGAUAAAGAAGCCGACGGCGCCAGGGACGGUCACGCCGCUGGAAGACUACAGGACGGUAAUGCUGCAGCGUGGCAUUUUCCAGAGUGUGGCCAGCAUGGGGUUGCCAGCAUUCACGAUUCAUAGCGUGGUACGCUAUAGUGGACGGGCGAUGAAGGAUGUCAAGAACGCGAAGGUGCGUACUUGGGGCCCUAUCGGGUUGGGUUUGGCCGUGGUACCAUUCCUGCCAGCGCUUUUUGACAAGCCGGUCGAAAAUGCGGUUGAAUGGGUGUUCCACAAGGGGUUUGCGACGUAUGGUGGGCCGGAGGCGGUCGGUAGCACGACGCAAAUCGGGAGAGAGAGGCAGCUUAGUGAGCGGCCCAAGACCAAGACCGAGUGA